AUGGGGGAAAAGGGAAACACUGGUAAUACUGGCCCCAAGGGUGAUGUAGGGGAGAAAGGAGACAAAGGACAGAAAGGCAUACGCGGCUUUCCUGGGGUACCUGGACCCAAGGGACAAAGAGGUAUAGAUGGAUUACCUGGUCCAAGAGGCUUGCCUGGUCCAAUUGGAGAGAAUGGAGCACCUGGGCCUCCUGGAUCGCAGGGUCCUCCAGGCCCAGAAGGUCCAGUGAUGCCUGAUGAACAACUGUAUCAGUUGUGUCGUGCUGUGUUCCUUGCCCACGUAGCCCAGGUUGCAGCUGGUGUCAGAUACAAAUGCGCCAGUGCAUGUCCUUCCGCCAACUUGACACUGAUAGGUCCCCUGGGACCAGCUGGGCCAGCAGGGCCAGCAGGAGAAAAGGGUCAGCCAGGUCUUGAUGGACUAGAAGGUGCCUCUGGACCCAUGGGAUCUAAUGGAUCUCCUGGAACUCGAGGAGCCGAUGGAGAACCAGGAGAAAAGGGCCAGAAGGGUGAAACAGGAGAACUAGGAACAGGCCUUUCUGGGCCUGAUGGACACCAAGGUGUAACAGGAUUUCCUGGUUAUCCUGCAGUUUCCAGAAAUGGCCAACCAGGGAUAUCAGGGCCCCCUGGAUACAGUGGAAUGCUAGGGCAUCCCGGACCUUCUGGUCCACCAGGAAUCCCUGGCCUGUGUGAAGCAAAAGACUGUGAUGUUUACAUUCCCACCCCACUGGUUCAGCAGGGACUAGCGAAAGGACCAACAGUUUAAAAAAAGAAACUUAAAAAAUGUGGAAAAACUCGUAUUGUUGUUGUAAUAUAUUCAAAUGAGAUUCUGAUAAGCUAUUAUGAAUAAAACCCAAAUAUCUUUUUUUCUCGUGUCA